CGCCGCCCCACACGAGUGGCGCGAAGUGAGCCGCGAUCAAGGGCCGGCCGCGUGAGUCAGUGCACACCGAGCUGUGCCCGAGCGCCUCGCAGUCACCGCAGUGCUACUCCGGACGCCGAGCCAUUCGCGCACACCCGUCACACAAUACGCUUUCUCCACACGGCAGCGUGCUCAAGGCAGAGCUGUUUCGACACGCCACUCGGUUGCGAAAGUCUGCGCGAUGAUAUACAAGUGAGAGCCGACAUCGGACGCCAGGGUAACGCUCAUCGCACACGGUGAGCCAGUUUAUUCCACGAGAGACAUUCGAAACUCGCCAGCUGUGAGGGACGGGGGGCGCGCGACGCCGUCGGGUCGCACACGCGGGACAACCUUAACACAUAGUUACUUACUGUGAGAGAAGCAACGGAAACCAAUUUUUAAUGUGUCAAGUCAGUAUAGCUUAUUGCUGCUACGUCAGAUCGCUGAACGCCUCGAGCAAGAACUACAAGGUUAUGCAAAUGAGUUCUGAACGCUUCUAUACCAGGAAUAAUCAAAAGACCAUUCAUAACUUCAAUAAACUUUAACGUUUACGUUGUACCCUUACGGUGUAUUAAGUGCUUAUCUAUCGUUUCUCUACCUUAAAUUAUCUUUCGGUGUCGCGUUCGCUAAUUGCUAAUUACUGUGGAAGUCGAGUGAUAAGAAGUGUUGACUGAACGAGCGAUCGGCGUGUGGAAAUCAGAGCGAUUGUAUCAAGCGACGACAAUGGCGGCCCAGCAGGAGGAGAGUCUGCUCUCGCGCUGCGAGAUCCCCAUCAUCGACCUGGCGCAUAUAGGUACCGAUGUCUGCCCUAUGAAGUCAGUGCUGAGACGCAUUGGACAGCAGCUGUUCACUGCGCUCAGCAGCAAAGGGCUUGCUGUUCUCGUCAACCAUGGCAUUGCUGACGAGAAGUUGAAGGCGGUCUAUGCGGAUCUGGACAACUUCUGCGCUUUGCCGGAGGGUAGCCAGGCGCAGUACCUCUGCAACCCCGUGAGCAACCAUGGUUACGUGAAACCAGGGAUGGAACAGUUUGAUGCCACUAAGAAGGAAUUGCGUCACUCAUUCAACAUCACCACGUUGUCUGCCUCAUCGAUGCCAGCUCAGGAGGAUGUUCCUGAGUUCACGAAGCACGCCGUGCCUCUGGCGCAGGACCUCACCAACUUGUCGCGGGUUGUUCUGCAGGCACUCGCUUAUGCUAUGGGAGUGACUCCCACGGCACUUCUAGCGUGUCACUCAGGCAUGCUAAUGGCGGAGGGUCGCAACCCCUCAGCGAUGCGUCUGCUGUACUACCCGCCGGUACCCCCUGAGGACGUGGGCCCGUGUUCCCAGAGCGACGUCGUGCACUACACGAGAUGCGGCGCGCACGCAGAUUACGGCACCUUUACGCUGUUGGCGCAGGACUCUGAGGGUGGACUUGAGGUGAAGUUGAACGGCAGUGACAAAUGGCAGAAAGUGGGACACCUACCGGGAGCUAUCCUCGUUCAGUCAGGAGAAUUCCUCGCUACUUGGACUGCCAACCUUCUACCAGCACUCGUGCACCGCGUGGUGGUGCCGACGGGAGCAUACGCGCGCGCUCGCGGGCGUCACUGCGUGGCGUUCUUCUGCCACCCCGACAAGGACGCCGUGCUGCCGCCGCUGCCGCUCCGCGCCGUCGCCGCGCCGCCGCCGCCCGCCUUCACCCCGCACACGCACCUCACGCUGCACAGCCGCCUGCUCAGCGCCGCGCAUCACUUGCAGAAGCGCUUCAGGGAAACGUACGCGUGACUAGCGCACGGCGGCCACAAGCGCGGCACACUCACCGUCGACAAGACGCAGCUCGCGCGCCGCCACACCGCACCUUAACUCCAGCGGUUACGGGCCAUUUUCCUUUGAUAUUACGCACAAUGCACUACGCCGCUGUUAGUCGUGAGAAAUCGACUUUUGACACGGUUGUCUCACGAUCUUUUCAGCCAGAUAUGGUGUAAAUUUUGGUGAAACAAAAGUUUAUUUAAGUUUUGAAUCGGCGUUAGGUUAUCGUACCUAUUGUAUUUUAUAUAUUUUUCUCUACAGGCUUAAAAAAACAAUUGUGCAUAAGAUCGUAUUAUUCCAGUUCGCGAUUAUUACCGCUUUAAUUAUGUAGAAACAGACUGAAGGAUAUAAAAACUGAGGACAAUAGAACAAUGCGCAUUUCGUCCCAUCGUGUUAGUUGUCAUUUGCAUUUAAAUAAAGAUGGAACUCUCACGGAAUCUUUACCUACUGCAUUAUACCACCGCGUAGCGGUGAACAAAAAUGAAACGCAUUUUCUCACAUGAUACAAUUUUGUAGUUGAUUGUUAACUGUUACAACAUAAUUAAAGCGCGUAAUAUUCCACAGGUACUUUAAAAAAAAGUACUUAUAGCUUUUUAUACUGACUACUUAAUAAUUCCCAGAUUGUAUAAUCUUGAACACAAGCUUAUUUAAAGUAAGUAAAUUAAAAAGUCCUACUUGCCAAGAGUAUUUAUUAUUAUCAUAAAAUUUUGUUUUCAUCAUUAUCACGAAUAGUCACAUUUUUGAUGACUGAAGACUUAUUUUAUAUUCAUUCCCUGAAAAUUGCAUUUUAGCAAGCGUGUGUCACUCCAUUAAUGUGUGUAAUAUAUUUAAUCUACCGCUUUCGCCAGAUUUUACUAGCUUAUUCUAUGGUAAUGGCUGACUUGCGUUACUGCCCACUAAGCCCUAUUACCGCUAAAAAAUCGCUCACUACGCACUUUUACCUCUAUGACUUAACUUUAAACGCUUGACAGAAUAAUAUUUUGACAGCGAGGUAUUUAGCAGUGAUAGGAUUUAGUCGACAGUAGUGUAAGUCUGCCUAAAUAUCUUGUUAGCAAUUAGCGGCGUGAAGUCAAACUAUAUAGUAUUCUGCUUUAAUUCUAUAAUCGUCUUCGUAAACGUGUUCUUGCUAUAGCUAUUCUUGUUAUAAUUUUUACAAUUAAGUAUAAAGUAUAGUUUUUUUUAUUCUAUUUAUUAUACACUGUCCAUUUUCACGACUACUUAUUGCAUUUUAUUAAGUAAAUCGUGUGAUAAUUUUAUAGCUCAAUUUUAUAUCUGUACUUAAGUAUACGAUGAUAUUUUGUUCGAACAUCGAAAGUAUGAAGAGUUAACUAAUACAAUUUCUGAGUAGUUGUGUCAGAUGACGAUCAGUACUUAAAGACCCAGUUACGUUGAUACUUAAAUGAGACUUAAAUGAAUGUAUUGAGAAGGUAUUAUUAAUGUCAUUAUAGUUUGUGUGUCCCAAUUAUAUAAAUAAAUUAACAGAAGCCUGAUUUGUUGGUAUUCUCGAUGUGUAAUUUAAAGUAACAUAUGGGUACAAAAACAAAUACAACAGUAAACACCUACAAUUCUUUGAUAGCAAACAUUAGGCGAUCUGUUAACUAUAAAUAAUUUAAUUUAAGUAGGUAAUAAAAAUAUUAAUUUGACAUUAUUCAUAACUUGAUUGACAGAAGAGAAUAUUACAACGACAAUUGUUGAACCGUACAUUACCUCUGUUUAUGCAAUGUUCCUGUCGGAUUGAAGGUUGACUUGAAACACAUUGAAAAAAUAGUGAAAUUAAAUAUUAUUCCGAUUAAGAUAAA